UUCCCGGCGCGGUGCCUUUCCGUUCCCUUCAGUGCCGGCACGCAGCGGGCCCCGCGCUGCAGGACGGGCCGCUUAGGCUGCUGCACUGCUUGGAGCUCGAGGCGUGAUGGCGGCGCCGGCGACCUCCGCGACGCCGCCGAAGAAGAUCGUAGCACCCACCGUGUCGCAGAUUAACGCGGAGUUCGUCACCCAGUUAGCAAAUAAAUAUUGGGCUCCCCAUGCGAAGAAAAAACUGUCUUUUGAUUCAAAGGUUAUUGAAGAUGUAUAUGCAAAAGAAAUUGUCAAAUCAAAGUUUGCAAUUAGAAAGAUAAUGCUUCUUGAAUUCAGCCAGUACCUUGAAAAUUACCUAUGGAUGAAUUAUUCUCCAGAGGUGUCCAGUAAGGCAUACUUAAUGUCAAUCUGCUGUAUGGUGAACGAGAAGUUCAGAGAGAAUGUCCCUGCGUGGGAGACAUUCAAAAAGAAGUCAGAGCACUUUCCCUUCUUUUUCAAAUGCAUUCUGGAAGCAUCACUGGUUGAGGAUGACGAUGAAUUCUCUCUACAUGAACAGACAGUUCUCCUACUUUUCCUUGAUCAUUGCUUCAAUAGUUUGGUAUGUUAACUGUAGCUCUUACAA